UCUCACACUUUCAACCUUCAUGUAAAUCCACUUCUUUUUUCUACACACCAAUUUGGAUUAUACGUAUAUCCACCACUCACCCUUCGGUUCGCUUUCUAAGGCGCGGUGCGCCGGCGCAAUUGAGCAAGAUGCUUUUGAGAAUAUUGUUACUAUUGGGGUGCCUGAUGCUAGCAGUAUCGGCCGCGGAAGAUUUCUACAAGCUACUCGGAAUCAAGAAGGAUGCCUCGGAACGCGAGAUCAAAAAGGCAUACCGCACGCUGAGCAAGAAAUACCACCCAGACAAGAACCCCGGCAACAAAGAGGCAGAAGAGAAAUUCGUCCAGGUAGCUGAGGCAUACGAGAUCCUUUCUGAGGAAGAAACCCGGAAGAUCUACGACCAGUAUGGUCAUGAGGGCAUCGAGCAGCACAAGCGCGGAGGCGGCCCACGCCAACAACACGACCCGUUCGACCUUUUCUCGCGCUUCUUUGGUGGAAGCGGACAUUUUGGGCACCACGGAGGCGAGCGCAAAGGGCCCGACAUGGAAGUUCGCGUCGCUGUUCCCCUUCGCGACUUCUAUAACAGUCGCAAGACAACGUUCACAGUGGAGAAACAAGCCGUCUGUUCGGCCUGCGAGGGUUCUGGAAGUGAAGAUGGGCACGUCGACCAGUGCGACGUGUGCGGUGGCCAUGGAAGAAUCAUUCGCAAGCAACAAUUGGCGCCGGGCAUGUUCCAACAAAUCCAAAUGCAAUGCGAUAAGUGCGGCGGACGCGGAAAGACGAUCAAACAUGUCUGCCCCGUAUGUCAGGGCAACCGCGUCGUCCGCGAACCCGAGACGCACGAGCUCGAAAUCGAGAAGGGAAUGCCACGGGGCGUACGUGUCACAUAUGAGAACGAGGCGGAUGAGAGCCCAGACUGGGUAGCCGGUGACUUGAUCGUGCAUCUCCAGGAAACCGAGCCAGCCCUUGGCCAACAAGACCACGAGCGCACCGACGGAACGUUCUUCCGUCGUCGCGGUAAUGAUCUCUUAUGGAGGGAAGUACUCUCCUUGCGUGAGGCAUGGAUGGGCGACUGGACUCGUAACAUCACGCACCUUGACGGCCAUAUUGUCCAGCUUUCUAGGAAACGUGGCGAAGUGGUCCAGCCACAGACAGUAGAGGUCGUACCGGAUGAGGGUAUGCCGAUAUGGCACCAGCAUCUCGAGAAUAACGCUGGCGAAGUGUUCGGUUCUCUCCACGUCGAGUAUGUCGUCGUGUUGCCUGAUCAAAUGGAGAAGGGCAUGGAAAAAGACUUCUGGGCCACAUGGGAGAAAUGGAGGAAGAAGAACGGCAAGAACCUGGACGCGGAAUGGGAGAGACCAAAGGAGCCCAUUGUGAUGCCGACGGCGGACGAUGAAGGACACAGUGAGUUGUGA